AUGUUCCUCGUCCAGCGCGUCGGCCCGACGUCGUUCGUCGUGCGCGAGGACGGACGGAGGCGCGCGUGCAAAGUCUUGAUCGGCGCGAAGAUGACGUGCGGCUGCGGCGGCGGGUUCGGCGGUUCGAACACGAACCGCCGCGUCGGUUCAAAUUCCGCGCGCGCCGGCUCCGGGCUCAGCGCGACGACGAGCGCGACGCGGCUGGCGAUCAUGGAAGCCGCGGGGAUUCGAACCGACGCCGACGACGCCGCGACGGUUCACGCGACGCGAGACCUCCCGGAGGUCUGCGCGCACAUUGUCUUCGUGAUGCGAAAGGUGCUCGGCGUGCCGCGGUCCAACCCGCUGACGUGGCAGGUGUCGCUCAUCGACCGCGAGCUGGACGAGGUCUUGCGGUGCGAGCCGAGGGCGGUCGCAUUCGCCGUGGACGCGGGGCGACGGCGGGGGGAACGAUCGACCGACGCGAGCGGCGGCGGCGUCGGCGACGCGUCCGACGCGCGCGAACGCGGCCGCCGCGCGUUGGAAGCGGACGAGGCGUGUCCGAUCUGCUACGAGCCCAUGCGCGCGGCGGCGUCCGCGUCGUCAUCAAAGCGCGAUUUCGAUCACGGCGACGAUUUGCUCUGGUGCGAGCGCGGAUGCGGUCGCAACGUCCACGCGCGGUGCCUCUCGCUGUACGCGCAACAUCAGGCGCGUUCUAUACACUGGUUCCCAUACGACCGCGUCGGCGUGGCGAGCGUCGACCAGCCGACGACGUGUCCGCUGUGUCGCGCGGCGUGGGGGGAGGUGGAAAGAUGGAAACCGAAACCGUCGCGUCCGGGCCGUUUUCGAGGGGUGAACGCCGCCGCCGCCGCCAACCCGGACGCGCACUACGGCGUCACGUGCGGCGCGUGUCGCGUCGCGCCGAUCCUCGGGACGCGGUUCAAGUGCGUCGUGUGCGAGAGCUACGACUUGUGCGGCGCGUGUUUCGCGCGCGGGGAGGCGCGCGUUCUCCUUCACACUGGUCCCCAUACGACCGCGUCGGCGUGGUGA